AUGUCCUUCGUUUCCAGUGAUUCCAGCUCAGAGCCAGAUACUAAUAGAACUAAUAACAACAAUAUCAAUCAGGCGCCCGCAUCUAGAGCCCCGGAUGACGAUGGGGCUGCUGUGAUUGCAGAGCUUGAGGCUGCCAUAGCGGCCAACCCAGACCUGAGACCCAUCACCCCCCAGCCUGCAGAGUGGGAAGACUACGACACCAUCCUUGCGCAGAACCCAGAGAUCGCCAACCCUGUACCCGGGCGUAAGAAGGAAUUCUACCUGUCCAAGGAUCGCUGGGAGUGUGGCCAUGAAGGGGAUCCCGUAGAGACAGCCAUUGAGCGAGACAUCUCAGAGAACGGAGGUAGCAGUGGCAUCCUCGUCAAUGAUAUCAGAGGCAUCUGUGCGACUUGCAUGGCCAAAUGGAAAAGACUUGAGACCUUUGGACCGCAGCCAGAUGCUCCAGGACCUUCAUCUGCGUCUGCAGCACCGCGAGACCCCCCUUCGUAUAGUUCCCCGGCCUGGGGGCGUUCAGGUGCAACUAUGGAACCAUUGCUGGAGUUGGACGACACUGAUGAUGAAUUCGAUGAUGAUUCGCUGUCCGAUGGAUCCGAAGACUCCCUUGGCCCACCACCUGGCCCACCACCGGGUCGCACUGCAGGUGGCAUGGGUGAACGUUCUCGGUAG